CUUACAGCCGCCAUCACAAAGCUAAUUUUGACUUCAUAAAGAUGCAGUAUGAGAAGUGUACAUCUGUUGAUAUGGAUAAUUAUUUUCAUGUACGAAUCUCCGGCGUCCUGUUUCACGUCAAAGAAACACAUGGGAAAACAUGAUGGUAACGUUUACUCCACCGCAAGAGAAGAGAUUCCCAAAAGAACAACUGCUUUCCAUGAGAUUCAUAGGAAAAAAGGAGUCGUACUGGAAAGAUGGGAUGGAAUAGAUGGAUAUUUGAUCGAAAAACUUUUAGAGGAUCCACGUUUUCCCAUGCUACCAACAUAUGUAUCUUAUACACCGAAAUUCAGCGAGCCGGUCAAUUGGGGGGACAAUUAUGGGUCUCGGAUCAGAGGUUACUUUGUCCCAAAGAAGAGCGGACAACACGUGUUCUACAUAGCGAGUGAUAAUGGAGGCCAACUGUUCCUCAGUGUAACUGAUAACCCGGAUGGAAAGAUAUUGAUAGCUCGAGUUGGUAAAGACCACGAAUCUCUUCCCAUGCAAUUCAGAAAAUAUCCUGAACAACAAUCAUAUCCAAUAAACAUGAAAAAUGGCUCCUAUUACUACAUCGAAGCCCUUCAUAAAGAACAAUACGGGAACGACUCCCUGGCAGUAGCCGUAAUGACACCUGAUUUUGAUUUUCUUGCGCCAAUUCCUUCAGAUUAUUUGUGGACGCUGCCGCCUCCCAAGCCGCACGUCAACGACAGUGCCUCCUCCUUCUAUCUUGUGAAGAUAGCAGCUAAAGCGGGAGCUAGAGCAGGUGCCACCCUUGGAGUGAAUGAAGCCCUGAAGAGUGGUGCAAAGGCGGGUGCAUUAGCCGGUGCUGAAGCGGGCACAAGGGCUGGAGCCCAAGCAGGAGCAGAGGCAGCACGAGAAGCAGCAACUGAAGUAGCCACGAAAACACUGAAGGAGGCCCUUUCCAAACUGGGUACAUUUCAAAAACCAACAUUUAAUAUUUAUGCAGCAAACGGUAGCGUGAUACCGUUGACGCCAGGAUCAGUGUCUUCAUCUGGACAGACAACAGGCACCACUGGGUCAAUUGGAAUUGGAACUGCAAGUGCUGUGGCGGGAAGUCAAACUAGUCAAAUAAACCAAACAGGUCUAACAGGUCAGACGAGUCAACCAGGUGAAGGCGGGGUCGGAGGAUCAAUCAGUGCUACCAUAACAGCGGGAACGCAAGGGGCAACAAACGCUGUUGCAGCAGGUCACUCGGGAGUUUUUCAUGGCGCUUAUGUAUACAAUCGAGAAAAACCAUAUUACAUUCCCACUCCUGGCGAAAAUUCUCAUAUCAUUGCAAGAAAAAUGGUGUAUCUGGAAUCACGAGGGCUUUCCAGAGUUCUCGUCAACGGAGCGCUAUACGUAAUUCAUUCUUUGGAUGUUCCCGCGAGUCAGAAUCCUAUCUACAAUCUUUGCUGGCGAAUCACUAAUGGAAAGUUAGAGCUGACUCAAAACUGUCAGGCAUUUGCCAUCAAGAUUCCAGGAUUCGACAAAGGGACCGGAGAACAUCAAACCAUCUCCUUUGAGUCCAUGUGUUUACCUGGUCACUACAUUCGACAGAAGAACUACAGAUUCGUUUUGGGGCACCAAGGAGAUACAAAAUUUGAUUAUGAUGCAAGUGCAGCCUUCUUUCAAGUAUUUUCACUUCCUGGUGCAUUCCAGUUUAGCCUCAUGCGAAAGGGAUGGUACAUUUGCAGAAGCAUAAAUCGAAACUAUCAUCGAACGGAGGUGGUUACAGACUACAACAUGGCAUCAUCCGAAUGGCUAAAGCGUUGCUCGUUCGCUCUAAGGCCUCUUGCAGCCAACGAGAAUCCUCUGAUGAACUGCUACGAUACGAUUGAACCAUCUAAACCACCUAGUGUUGCUCCUACCGACACAAAACCACCACUUACAAACAAAACAACAAUUAGAACCACCCGUCCUACAACUGUUCCAACCACACCACACAAGGACUACGAACCCUGCGUGAACUUCACGUUUUGGAAUACAGCUGGGGUGCCUUUCAUCCUUUACUCCAGUCUCAAACCAGAAGGGUAUUUAGUCACUGGACCCAAGUUACACCUUCACUACGUUAUUCGCGAUCAAAAAGUAAUCGAUUUGAAGGCUCUUCAUAUGAAAAGAACUAACGUUCCAAACCAAGAUGGAGAAGUUUUAUCUGAGGUUAUGGAUGAAUUGACCGAUACUCAGCAGUUGUUCCUGGACAAACCCAAAAUCGCAGCCAGACAGAUUGUGUCUUUCUGGGCCAAAGAUCCAGAAGGGAAACGCGAAAUUCUUCUUGAUGGGAAGAAAAUAAUUUAUGCGAUUCCUGGACUGCACUGCUGGCACUACAUAGAAGUGAAAGUCACAUCAAGGCCAAAACAUAGUCCUUCGACGACUAAACCAACAACACGAACAACCACAGUCAAACCUACAACUCAAACCCCGCGACCUGCCACAACUAAGCUGCCCCCACCAACUCCACCACCCCCACCUCCUCCACGCAUACCUCAUAUCCACGUUCAUUUCCACCCCCCGCAUUUCCCGCCACCUCCCAAGCCGACUCACCCACCUCCUCCUCCACCAAUACUAAUACCUCCAUCAACGAAGCCAACAGAAGCACCACCGCCACCCUCCACUCCUUCUCCGCCAACCCCUCCAACUACUAAAACUACACCUUGCAACCCGGGUGUAUCGACGACCACAAGUCGUCCAUGCUCCAUAGUAACAACACCUACUACUAAGACUCCACCUAAAACAAUACCUCCCUGCGCACCAAACGCUAGUCCUCCACCUGCUGGUUCUCCUCAAUGCAAGCCAAUCAAUAGCACAUUUGUCAUUUCUCCAUGUUCCGCUGGGUCACCACUAUGCUUCAAACCAUUCCCAUCAGUCACCUUACCAACGUUACCCCCCGCACCUUCCUUUUCUCCUAUUCCCGAGGUUUCAGCAUCAGUGAUAAUACAAGGUUGUAUGUCCACCCAUGGAGGAACUUCAAAAGGCGCCUGUUGCGUUUUCCCAUUCAUCUACCGAGGAAACCCGCAGCACCGCUGUACAAGGGCAGAGCGAGGUUACCGCUGGUGCUCAACAACCAAUAAUUAUGACAAGGAUAAAGAAUGGGGAUUUUGUGCGGCAUGUUUUCUCUGUUACGGAGGUAGUUCAAAUGGCAACUGCUGUCAUUUUCCUUUCGUGUAUGAUGGUAAAAUGUACACGACCUGUACCACCCAGGAUUCAACUAAGCCGUGGUGUGCCACCACGUACAACUAUGAUGUGGAUAAACAGUGGGGCUAUUGUGGAGGUGACGCGCCCGGCUCAGUUUCCCAGCCCAAAAUUGCCUACGCACCAUGUUCUGCUGGUUGUGAUGGUAAAUGCGUGGACACGUGUCCCGACUACUGCUGUGUAAAGGGCAUGAUAAGUACGCAGGAACAACCAGCUCCAGUAACACCCCCACCCCCUCAGCAGGUCGAGCAGGUCCCUCUGGUUCAGCAGACCUCGCAGUCUUGUCCAGCCAUCUGCACCGAGACAUGCGCACCAGACUGCCCCGUUCGUUGUUGUAAUUUCCUUCCGCCUUCGCCUUACAUGGCAAGUCCUCCUCAAAGACCUACGAACUGCCCUCCGAUCUGCUUCAACACAUGUGUUAGUUACUGUCCAACAGACUGUUGUAACAACCCACAGCAAGGCGUAAGCCGUAACACGUUAUCUUACACUCUUAAACUACCAUGCCCUACUAACUGCUACCCUACAUGUCAUGGCAACUGCCCACAGCAAUGCUGCAAGGCAGCGCAAAAGGGAACUAGUUCUUUACUACACUCUGCUGUGAACAACAAGGGUGUUGGUUUCUAUCAAAGGAUUCAAGGGGAGGGUAUAUCCCCCUCUAUGAGCUUACAAACACCUUCAGCGUCGCCGAUUGUGAUCCGUUCGACGUUACUUUGUCCAAAAGUAUGUAACAAGAUUUGCACAAACGCCUGUCCUACCGAAUGCUGUAAAAGACAGAAAAAUGGAAACAUCAAUCAGCAAAAGUGGAGAAACACCGCCCAGGAUUGCAAAAAUGGUGCCAUUACAUUCGGAGGAAACGCCAAAGGAGCCUGCUGUAAUUUUCCUUUUAUUUACGAUGGUGCGGUUUAUUGGAGAUGUACAAAUCAAAAUGCAGACAAGAAAUGGUGUUCGGUGACUAAAGUGUUUGAGCUCGACAGAAAAUGGGGAUACUGUCCUUGAUUUUUGUGAUAUGAUGCAAAGCAGGAUACUUCAAAACGCUACACUGAUUACAGCAAAUAAACGAUGGUUUGCGAAGAGAAGAAUAAGUAAAAUUUAUUGAAUGAUAUUGCGAUAUAAAUGAACUGACAUACGCCCUAGAAACAUUUUUACCUGCGAACUUUUAUUAUUUUUUUAUCUCAGAGUUUUUUUGAUACCUGAUGUCUGAAGUAAUUAAUUCAAAUCGGGUCGGUACAUAUAUACAAUACAGAAUGCAAGUCGUACUCAUAACCUGAUAAGAAUAGAUAGUAAUAAUAAUAGUGAUAACCUAUUUUUAUUAUAUAAGCUCAAUACACUUUCGUGUUUCUAUUUUAAUUGGUCGUUUGUAACUAGGAAAAGGAACAGAACUCUAAUGAAAUAUGAAAAUCUUUUGGAGAAUAUGACAAAAAAGUCUGAAAAGUAAUGUAUGUUCAUCCCUUGCAAUCAAAUAUUGAGAAGAAUAAUAUUAACUAUACUGAACAUAUGCAUUAUCAGAGACCACGGUUGAUUGACAACAUUUCACGAAAUUAAGAAAGUGUGGCGGGCUACUGUAAUUGUUAAAAGAAGCUAAAUUUUUAAAUAUAAAAUAAACAUACAGUUCAAGCUGUGUUUGUUUCAUUCAUUCUAUUCAGAUAUUACAUAACACAAUCACGCUGCGAUAUUAUUGAUACCAGUGAGAGAAAUGUAUUUUUGAAUCCAGAUUGAUUAAAUGUUAGCUAGAUGAAGACAGAUUUGCCAAUUUUGUGAAAAAUGAGUAAUUUUCAGGAAUUGGCUUGAUAGUUGAGAGCAGGUUUCCAUUAUUAACAGGUCUUUAAAUGUUCAAUCCAGUUAUUAAUGUGUUAAUAGAUCCACCAAAAAGCCAUUAAACAACUGCAACAGUUCACUUUCAACAAAAUAAUCAAUGCUUGUUGAUCUAACCCUGGUUUUUAAACGACCUGACCUAGCCCUCUUUAUAGACUGCAAAAGCCAUAUCUUUAAUUGGCAGUCAUGACAAAAAAACACAAGGAAGACAUUUUGGGCUGUACAAUUAGACAU